CGCAACCGCCCAGCCACACGGUCUUCCGCCUCCUCAGAGUCCGGAGAGACGUCGAAGAACCCAUGGAAAUGCCCGCACUGCCCAUUCAUCCAACACUCCCGUCGCUCCCCGGACUACAAGCGGCACGUCGCCACCCACGGGCAACCGGAAACACUUUGGACGUGUCGCGGUGUCCCCCUGCUGCGUGCGAACGAUCCGAAGCACACGCGGACGCCGGUGCCGUUGGAGGAGGUGUGGGCGGCGAGGGAGCGCGGGGAGGAGAUGGUGGGUGGGUGCGGGAAGACGUUCUCGAGGAAGGAUGCGUUUGCUCGGCACCUCAGAAACCCGCAUCUCUGGUGCGCAGGGAGGAGCCCGGUGGAGGGCUGGCACCAGGUUGACGGUGGAGAGGCUCAUUGA